AUGUUGUCUCUAUUUUCAACGAUAAAAAUUGAUAAAAAAGGACAUUGUUCUCUUGCACAUCAGAAUUUAAAAGAAAUUCCUUAUAAUUUAUUUUCUAAAAAACAAUUAUCCAAAGUAUUGGAAUUAGAUCUCUCUCAUAAUGAAAUUGAAUUCCAAGGUCUGCAACAUUUAUAUCAAUUUGAAAAUUUAAAAUCUCUCGUUUUGGAUCAUAAUUUAAUUAAAAGCGAUGUAAAUUUAAAUAUGGGAAAACCACUUCCAUCCUUAGAAUUAUUAUGGGUCAAUUCAUGUAAUAUUACGAAUUUAUCUACGUUUAUUGAAAAGGUAAAAUCGAUGGCACCAAAUUUACAGUAUUUUAGCAUGUUGAAAAAUAAGGCUUGUCCAAAUUUCUUUGUAGAAGGAGGCUCACCUGAUGCCUAUAAUGACUAUCGAUUAUUUGUGAUUAGUCGAUUACCAAAUUUGAAAGUAUUAGAUACAACACCAGUAACUGAAGAAGAACGACAAAAAGCAAUGAAAAUGUAUGCCUCAUUGAAAAUGCAACCGCCAUCCAAUGUCAUGAAAUAA